UGAAGACUUUGUCGUCAGUACCGCAACGGAAGCUACAUGUAUGAUCAUGACAGACCUUACAGCCGAACCUCAGCAUGACACGAACCCGUGGUCACGCUGCUGUAUGUGGAUCGUGCGUUGCUGUGGGAGGGCAGCAGCAUCCAGAGGACAGGAAUAUCUCUCGAAGGAGAGUGGCCAAGGAGUUUUAGGUGUUCGCAAAUACUUCUUCUUCAUAAAGGAGAAUGUAAGCUCCAACUGGAAAGAUCUGUCCUUUCAUCUUGGGUUUAACACAGCAGACGAAGAUAACAUUUCCGGCAGAAACCGGGACGAUAAGGAUCGCUGCAUGGACAUGCUGAAGGAAUGGAAGAAGAAGAAGGGAGACGCCGCUACCAUAGAGGUCCUGACGGAGGCUCUGUCAGAGGCAGGGCUGCAGAGCGUCGUGGAUGGUUUGAAGAACAAAUUCACCGAUAUCGUAACGUAGAAACCAUGAGCUGCGGUGACACGUGAAGGUACAGUGAGUGAAACCUACAAGAUCUGACAACAGCAC